AUGGCCAGCAGUGUAACAAUUAGUUUUUUCUCAAUAGUACUCUUGAUUUGCAUUACAGUAUCAGCACAAGGAAGAAAAUCACUUCACACAACAAAUGAGUUUUCAGCAAACUCUCUAGUAACCAAUGAUGGUAUCUGCAAGACUUUGGUGGAGACACAAGGUUACAAAUGUGAAGAACAUACGGUAACAACAAAUGAUGGCUAUAUCUUGAGUGUGCUAAGAAUCCCGACGGGGCGGUCCGGUAAGAAAGCCGACAAGCCACCUGUGCUAUUACAACAUGGUCUCUUUUGUUUUAACUUUUAUGAUUUAUUUCAGGAUGCUGCAAUAUGGUUGGUCAAUAAUCCAGAAGAAUCAUUAGGGUUUAUUUUAGCAGACAGUGGAUUUGAUGUGUGGCUUGUUAAUGGCCGCGGCACAAAAUAUAGCAGCAGACACACAUCACUAACUACUUAUGACAUGGCUUACUGGGAUUGGUCAUGGGAAGAAUUAGCUAAUUAUGAUCUUCCUGCAUCAGUAGAAUAUGUGUUCAAUCUUACAGGUCAAAAAAUACACUAUGCAGGUCAUUCUCAGGGAACUUUAGUGGCUUUUGUUGCUUUAUCUCAAGGGAAGCUUGUGAAUAUGUUGAGAUCAGCUGCAUUACUAAGUCCUAUUGCUCAUAUGAAUCAACUUGCUUCACCAGCAAUAAAACUUGCUGCACAAUUAUUUUUAGCUAAUGACGUUUAUUGGUUAGGUCUCCGCGAAUUCAUUCCUCUAUUGAAUGAAGCAGCCAAAUUUGUGGGUCAAAUAUGCUCCACUCUACAUCAACCCUGCUUUGACUUAAUCACAUUUUUCACAGGUCCAAAUUGCUGCUUAAACUCUUCCAGAAUUGAUUUCUAUACUGACUAUGAACCAAAUCCAACAUCAACAAAGAACCUGAUCCAUCUAUCCCAAAUGAUCCGAACAGGACAAGUAGCAAAGUAUGAUUAUGGAAUUCUAAAUAUGCUACGUUAUGGACAACUGUUUCCUCCAACUUAUGACAUGACCAAAAUCCCAAAAGAAUUUCCACUUUUUAUAAGCUAUGGAGGGAAAGAUUAUCUAUCUGAUGUACAAGAUGUGAAGGUUUUGCUCAAUGAUCUCAGUAAUCAUGAUGCAAACAAGCUUGUGGUACUGUAUAAAGAUGAAUAUGCACAUGUUGAUUUUAUUAUGGGUAUUGAUGCUAAACAAGUCGUUUAUGAUCCCGUGCUAGCCUUUUAUAACUCUUACUGAUUUUACAACAAGUGGUAUUGUGCUCGGGGAGUGUUUGUGGUAUGUUGUUGAGGGUGAUUCAAGUC